CCCAGCGGCUUCAUUCGAAUCGGCACAUGAAAGAGAAUCUCAUCCUCCUCCCCUGAUGUUAUCCUGAACCCCGUGGGAGAAGCGGCAGCGACAGAACAGCCCUGCCUCUCGGCCCCAUUCACUCUCUCCGCCGGACGACGGCGGCGCCGGUGCUGUGCCGCGAGAUGUCCAACAAUGGUGUUGACUGCAAUGGGAUCCUUGGGGUUUACUGCUUCUCUCCAACCUCUGGAGUUGCAGGACUCCAUGAGUGUCGUCAAUGGCCAGAUGGGCGACGGCGGCGCGACCGCACAUCCACGAUGCGUGUUCAUGCGGCAGAGCUGAUUGGUGCUGUCCUACCGGUGGAGUCGCAGGAUUCCAUGGCAUCGCAGAUGACCAGAUGGGCCGCGGUGGCGAGGGCAUAGAGAUGUAUGGGAACACCGGCUUUUGCGGCGUGAUCAGAAGCUAUAAGCGGCUGGACAAGGAGAGUGGAGUUUCAUUGAGAGCUAACCUGCCAAUCGAGAGGCAUGCCAAUAAUGUUUACGUCCGGGUGACUUUUGAUCAAUUUAGCAAAGUUAUGUACAAAGCUGGUGCAUAUGUGCUGGAAGAACUAGAACUGAACAUAUGUUAGCAUUUGGAUUUUACAGUGUCCAAUUGCUAGUAAUGUACAUAUUUGCUGCAGGUUAAUUAGUUGGUCUAUAGUACGCGAUGGUAACUUGGUUAUCUGCUGCUGACUAAUUAUCUGAACAUUGUUAUGGUGUUGGCAGACUAUACCAGUGCGUAUACUAUCAUAGCUUUGGUUUAAACUACAAACUAUCCGAAAUUCUGAUUUA